CAAGCUUGACCUUGAGAGAUCUAUAAGUUCAAUAUUGUACAAAAUGUUAACAACACCUUAGUAUCGAUCACAUUGUCAAAGCGCGGCUAGCAGCAAGCGUAUUGAAUAAUGGAUUGAUUGAAAUCUAAUACAGAAUAUUACAUUCAAGGUGAGCAACGAAUGGAAAGAGAAAAAAAUGGAUUUAGAUAGCUCAUUUGGCAAAGAGUUUUCAGAAGGGAGUUCAGUGUAUUCAGGCAAGGUGUCCGAGGAUGUCGCGACAAUGCACUGUGACCCUUGUCUCACCGAGAUGAAUUCUGUGCUAGCGGAGAAGUAUUGUGAGGAGUGUAAUCAGUAUCUUUGUGAAACAUGUAUACGGUAUCACAAGAAGUUUGCGUCAACGACGAGUCAUGUACUUGUGGACAUAGGCACGUCGCCGAAACCUCGGGCAUAUGAUAUAUUUAACAUUGAUCACCCGAUAGAACCAGAAGAAGUACAGUCGUCUUCCGGCACGUCGAAGCAUGCUCAUAAAUAUGAAAAUACCGCGUUGGUACACAUCGGUGACGUAUGCGUUAAAACGUCGAGAGACAGGCACGACUGCAACAUAACUGGAGCAGAACUUCUCACCACCGACUUUCUUGUGUUAGCGGAUAGCAAAAACAAUGCGAUAAAAAUAUUAGACACCAAGCAUCGAGAAGUAGUCGCGGAAUAUACAUUAUCGUCUGCUCCAUGGGAUGUAACUGUAGUAGAAGAAGGGUUGCUGGCACCAGAACAGUUGGCAGUGACGCUUCCAGAAGAACGCAAAAUCCAGUUCCUUACGUUAAACCAUGGAGAGCUGACCGAGGGCCGACGUCUGAAAGUGGAUGGGGAUUGUCGUGGGAUUGCGUAUAGCGAUAACAGGCUAGCGGUUACAUGCGAUGCGCCGACCCCUUGCAAAGUAGAAAUUCUCGAUAUGAAUGGGCGUAUUAUUAAAACACUAAGCAAAAAUGUGCAUGGGAAAGAUUUAUUCCAAUGUCCGCAAAACAUAGCUGUUUCCCAUGACGGGACGUAUUUGUUCGUUACUGAUCGCAUUACGUGUGACGUCACUAAGAUUACGUUUGACGGGAAGGUUGUUGCGAUGUAUGACGAUAGCGAGCUAUGCAGUCCGGAAGGAAUUGUUGCUACACGUGAUGGGACGUUAAUUGUCUGCAACUACAAAAACAACAUGCUGCAUCUGGUCUCAGAGGAAUGUGAGAAACUAAAGAUUAUUAAACCACUAAGUGAUCACGUAGUGUGCCCGACGGCCGUCUGCUUUUGCGAGGAACGUAACAGGUUGUAUGUCAGCCGAUACUGGACUGGUGCACAUCCCCUUUAUGUCAAUAAUAUCAACAUCCUCGAGUUUGAACUGCAACCGAAAUAGAAAAAAAAAAACUACCUAACUUAAUGUGUUUUAAUUUGAUCCAAGUUGAUUGUUAACCUGCGGUCGAUAUUUCUUUCGUAAUUUUUCUUGCUUUUGUUGUAAUGUAUAUAAUCAUUAAUUUUACUGAACAUGUUUGUCAGUGUACAACCAUUUUAUGUAGCUGCUAUUGAAAAUAAAUCAAAAGUAGGCCUA